GCGCCCCGCGGCUCCCGGCAUGCACCGCAGGCCGUCUCGCCACCUGACGGAGUGUUGACCCGCCCCUGAGGCGCAGCAGGCGGCCGCAGCCAUGCCCGUGCGACGAGGCCACGUCGCGCCGCGCACCACCAUCAUCGAGACCAUCAUCCGCAAGUUCGACACCCACAACCGCAGCUUCGUGGUGGCAAACGCGCAACACGGCCUCUGCCACAUCAUCUACUGCUCGGACGGCUUCUGCCGGCUGACAGGCUACAGCCGCGCCGAGGUGAUGCAGCGUGCGGCCGUGUGCGAGUUCCUGCACGGGCCACUCACUUCGCAGCAUGCCAUCGGCGUGGUCAAGGAGGCGCUGGCGGCCGGCGCAGAGCGCCACUUCGAGAUCCUCUACUAUCGCAAAGACGGUACCAAGUUCCUAUGCUCCGAAGUGAUCGCGCCCAUUAAGAGCGAGGUGGACGACAUCUGCCUGUACAUCAUCAACUUCGAGGACCUGAGCACGCCGACGGCGCAGGUCGACGAGGUGGCGUCCCCCAACAAGAAGGCCAGCAGACUGGACCGCGCGCGCCAGUCCUUCAAGCAGUCCUUCAAGAUGGGCUCUCUGCGAGGUCGCAGCCUGUGGCUGUCCAGCUACCACUCGCCGUCUAGCGAGGCCAGCCUGCACGAAGAGGAGCACGAUGCCGCUCGGGAACACAUGCCUCUGACUGGUCACUCUUCGCAGCCAAAGGUCGAGAGACAACGAAUAAAACUGGCCAAGGCGGCCAGGGCCUCUCUCUCCCGGGAGUCCAGCGGGGACGUGAAACUCCCCAGGCCCGUAUCGCAACCGCCUCCUAAAACUAUUCCAGAAAUACCGCCGAUCAACAACAACAACAACAACAACAACAACACGUCGCCGCCAGUUGCACCAAUCGCUUCUCCGGAAGUGCUCUCACAACGAAGUACAAAUUUGUGGGACUUGGAGGAACCUACAGCCGCUAAAGUCCCAGACUCUGUGUCGCACGCCGCCUCGCUAGACGCAAUCGCUCAGAGGUCUAGGCCAGCCCUGGAAGCAAUCACAAACCGCAAAGGGCCUAUUCGCAGCGCUACUGUCAGUGUGUCCACAAGAAACCAUAUAGCAAAAACAUUUCCAAACACCUCGUCCGAGUCUGAUUUGCAACGAUACCGAGCAACGGCAGCUUUGUGCGACAGAAGCAGCCGUGAAAGGAAAUCCCCGUCUCUUAGCAAUUUAGCAUCAGAAAGUUUGAGAUACAAGUUCUCCAUCCAAGACAAUGGCUCGGCCAAGUUUUUCCAAGGCGCACUCCACACGCCGAACAUGGGAGAGAAGGUCGCUCAGGUGCUGUCACUGGGAGCAGACGUUUUGCCGGAGUACAAGCUACAGAGCCCGCGUAUCCACAAAUGGACCAUCCUGCACUACAGCCCAUUCAAAGCAGUGUGGGACUGGAUCAUACUGCUCCUGGUCAUCUACACUGCCAUAUUCACCCCGUACGUCGCGGCCUUCCUGCUCAACGAACCCAACGCCACCAAGAGGAGCAAAAAGUAUGGAGAUGAUCCCAUCGUGAUAAUAGACUUGAUAGUGGACGUGACCUUCAUCGUGGACAUCCUUAUCAACUUCAGGACGACGUAUGUGAACAACAAUGACGAGGUGGUGUCGCAUCCCGGCCGCAUCGCCGUGCACUACCUCAGGGGGUGGUUCCUCAUCGACCUGGUGGCCGCCAUCCCCUUCGACCUGCUGCUGUUCGGGUCGGACACUGACGAGACGACCACUCUGAUUGGCCUCCUGAAGACUGCUCGGCUGUUGCGGCUAGUGCGCGUGGCUCGUAAGAUAGACCGCUACUCGGAGUAUGGGGCUGCAGUGCUGUUGCUUCUUAUGGCGACAUUCGCGCUCAUCGCUCACUGGCUGGCCUGCAUCUGGUAUGCGAUUGGGAACGCAGAGAGACCCGUUCUAAAGAGUAAGGUUGGUUGGUUGGACAUAUUGGCCAACGAUACUCACCAAUUCUAUGGUCCCAAUAACACGGGUGGACCAUCUAUAAAGUCUCGCUACAUAACAGCAUUGUAUUUUACUUUUAGCAGUCUGACAUCGGUAGGCUUUGGGAAUGUGGCGCCAAACACAGAUGCAGAGAAGAUUUUUACUAUUUGUGUUAUGUUGGUGGGAUCUCUAAUGUACGCUAGCAUCUUUGGAAACGUUUCGGCAAUCAUACAGCGUCUGUACUCCGGCACGGCGAGGUACCACACUCAGAUGCUGAGGGUUCGUGAGUUUAUCAGGUUUCACCAGAUUCCCAAUCCCUUGCGGCAGAGGCUCGAAGAGUACUUCCAGCAUGCUUGGACGUACACUAAUGGUAUCGAUAUGAAUAGCGUCCUGAAAGGAUUUCCUGAGUGCCUCCAAGCAGAUAUCUGUUUGCAUCUCAACAGGAAUCUGCUUAGUAAUUGUUCUGCCUUCAAUGGCGCCUCGCCAGGCUGUUUGAGAGCUCUGUCCCUGAAGUUCAAGACCACACACGCGCCGCCAGGCGAUACCCUGGUGCACAGGGGCGAUGUGCUCACUUGCCUCUACUUCAUCGCCAGAGGCUCCAUCGAGAUUCUCAAGGAUGACAUUGUGAUGGCGAUCCUAGGUAAAGACGACAUUUUCGGAGAAAAUCCGUGCAUCCAUCCAACAAUAGGCAAAUCAUCUUGUAACGUUCGUGCUUUGACCUACUGUGACCUCCAUAAGAUACAUCGGGAUGAUCUGAUGGACGUUUUAGAACUUUAUCCAGAGUUUUAUCACUCUUUCUCAAGCAAUCUUGAAAUAACAUUCAACAUGAGAGAUGAGGAGCUGGCGGGAGUGGACCCGCGCGCCGCGCGCCACCACCGGCCCGGGGUGCCGUCGCGCUCCAGCUCGCAGGAGCGAGACUCGGACGCGCGCCGACUCGCCUACCAGCCGCCGCGCCGGCGCGCGCCGCGCCUGCGCGACUCGGGCGGCGCGCGGCGCGACAGCCGCGACUCCAGCGACGAGGCGCCCGACUUUGACCGGCCCGGCGGUAUCAUUGAGCUGUCCGCAGACAAAGCUGGCAUGGACGUAACUCCACUCAAUUUAGGAUUCGGCGAAGACGAAAAGCAAAAAAGGUCAUCGAGAGGAUACUCCGUGUCGGGUGGCAUGACCGACACAGUUGUAGUUUUGGAUUCUUUGACGAAAAUCAGCAAUAAUGUCAACAAAAAUGCACACUAUACACCUAAAGUAGGAGCAUCUCCAGCUGUUUCUGUUCAUUGCUGCACAAAGGAAAGUCAACCACUGCUUCUGCAAGACGCUCCAAAUGCUGGUAUGUCAACACCUCAAUUGACACGGCACCAGUACGCAGAAAGACAAACCACGUCUUUGACCCAGAACGAUGAGACGGACUCGUCCGUGCAGUCCACGGCCAAAGUGAAAGCCUCGUCACAGGUUCCUCCACUGUCGUCCGUGGCCGGGUCCUCCUACUACACCACACCCUCGCCUCCCGUACAUUCCAGCAUGCCUACAGAGGCGCCCCCUCCCUCGCUACUCACUCAGGGGACGCUGGAUGAGGAGGAUGCUUGGGUCGAGCGGAGCAAGGAGACUGACGUGUAUGAGAGACUGGAGCAGCUGAGUAGACAAGUGCAGUCGCUGGAACACUCCAUGGCCAGCGACGUCCGAUUGAUCCUCACAAUCCUGCAGCAGCAGAAAGUCGGCAGCUCCGAGUCAUCCGGCUCUUCUAUCAUUCCCGAGUACAGGGAGUCUUCAUCGGACUUCGGAGCUCAGUCGGGGAAGUCGUCCAUCGACCAGCCCGGAGCACCCAGAAGUACGAGCGCUGCUCAGAGCGUCCCUCCGAACCAGAGGCCACCUGACCCGGAAAAUAGCUACGAGAGCAGCGUGAGCCACACUUCAGGGCACCACAGGCUCGCGGCACCCAGCGCCGGUCCUCACCAACAGCCAACAGCGCCACCGGCGAAGUUACAGACUCAACACUCCGUCCCUCACCAAUCACCACACGAUGUUUGUACCAGGAGUCCCUAUCAGCCUCACCAUCCGUCAGCGAGCAUUCCACAGCGCAGCCAGUCACAGCCCUCUGAUCUCACUCAGAUGCGCAGGUCGCCGGACGCCGGCUACGCCUGGGGCGGGCGGGCGGCGGCCAGGGACGAGGCGGGCAGCUGGCAGUCGGCGCGGCAGGAGGCGCCCAUCGCGCGGCUUGAGUCCUUGGACGAGCUGGACCAAGCCCCGGACACUCCCAGCGGCAGUAGUUACCAAACAAAGACGUCUCCUCGAGGGAAUAAGUCUUCAGACGUUUAGUGGAACUGCUUAGAUGUUCUACUGUUUUAUAAAUCACAUUCACUUGCACAAAUUGCUUCCACUUUAUCUAUAUAUAUAUGAACAUACUGAUUUCUAUAAGAAAAUGUUAUUUAAAUCACAAUCACCUCAUCUUGCAUGUUUUUGUAUGCUUUCUGCAAUCUAUAAUAAAUGCGCCGAUGCUUGUAUUGUUUUAUCAUCAGUAUAGAGUAAAAAUUUAUAAAUGUUACUAUUUAGACACAUCUGUUAUUUAUUUUGUAAUAUUUUGAAUUAAAUUUAUUUAUGUAAAUUAAUUGUGCAUUGAAGAUGAUAGAUGUAUUAGAAAAAUUAUAUGCUCAAUAUAUUUUUAAUUGUUUCACACAUUAUGAUCAAAUAUUUUUUUGGGGUAGUUAGAGCAUAGUAAAGACGUGGAUACAUAGUUUCAUUUCUUUCUUGUCUUAUCUAGUAUGUAUAUAAUUUUUGUAUGAAUUACCUAAGUAAUGAAAUUAUUUUCAAUUUUUAUAUAUGUUAUUGAUUUAAAUAUUUUACUUGCAUACAUAUAGCAGUAUUAUUGCUCUUAAGAUGCAUUUGUGAUAAAAAAAAUGCUGUGAACGUGAAUCAUUUUUGGACUGUUAAAUAUCAACAGCAUUUCAAACAUUGAAAAUGUGUGGAGUCAAGGUGUUAAAAGCAAAACUCGUGAUAUUUAAAGGUUUUUAUUCGAUUAGUGAAUACGAAUUUUCCACUGCAGUAAAUAUUUUGUGAAUAUAUUGUUAUGUUUGUUACAGUUAAUCUAAAUGCCACCUUGUUUCCGAAUAAAAUAUCACGAAGUUUUCCUUUACUUUAUGACAACUUUGCUCUAUGAAUCAUGUAUUUAUGAAAAUAAACAAAAUAACAAACAUCUAUGAUAAGUUGCUGUAUUACUGGCUUUUCACUUAUGGGGAAAAAUACAUUUUUUAUUAAUUUACUUAAUGUUCCAUGCAAAUUAAUGAUAUAUUUUCUUUUAAAACCAUUAUUCAAUCAUUCGAGAAAAGUCCUAAAGUGUCUGGUUUGUGUUAAGGUGAUUUUGUGAAUGAACGGGUUAUGCUGGCAAAUUUCCCUCAUCCAGCCAUAACACUUUGAUAACAUGAUAUUUGCAGAAGACUUCAGAUAAUUCGACACAUUAAGGGCUUUGCAGGUGCCACAUUAUCGGGUGGUACCUCCAGCAAUCGCUGAACGCUAAGUUGUAGAGCAAAAUGCGUCUGUAAGAUGAUGUUCAGAUGCAAAGAUUGUCUAACAGGAACACAGGGAUAAACAUUCAACAAAUACAGGCCAAAAUUAUUUUUCUGCCAAAGACUACGUAGAAUGUUUAAGAAACGAGAUUUAAAAUAAGAUAUGAAAACGAGAAGCGCGCCGACCACUCCCGAUUAAUCCAGGCAAGGCAGAGCACCACAGACUAAUCCAGGCAGGGCAGAGCACUCCCGACUAAUUCAAGCAAGGCAGAGCACUCCCGACUAAUUCAAGCAAGGCAGAGCACUACAGACUAAUCCAGGCAAGGCAGAGCACUCCCGACUAAUCCAAGCCAGUCAGAGCACCCCCAACUAAUUCAAGCAAGGCAGAGCACUCCCGACUAAUUCAGGCAAGGCAAAGCACUCCCGACUACUUCUUAUGUGCGUACAUUUAAUGCGUUUCCGACCUUAGCUAAAAAUUAUAGGUUUUCAGCUUAAGUUCGCUUGGUACAUUCCUCGUUUAUGCCGAAUCACCGGGCACUCAUGACCGUUGGAUGCCGGACUAUCGGAAGUCUACUAUCACGACAGCAGUUGUUACGAGAGUGAGAGCUGGUCACUAGCAAGAUAUAAUCUACUUGCA